UGUUAUCUGUUGGACCCUCCUCCUCUCUGUCUUUCUUCUCAAAGUUUGGACUAACUGCUCCUUUAUCCUCUUUUCCUCGUUGGCCAGGAGAACCACAUAUUCUAUGAUGGAGAGCAGUUCUCAGCCGCUGGAUGAUGCCAGUGACCAGAUUAUCAAUCAUGAGGAACAACCUGUAGACCCAAUGGAGGAAUUUACUCAGCAGCUUGAGGACAUCAUCAACACAUAUGGCUCAGCAAGUAGUCUGAUGGAAGAUCAGAUAUCUAUUCUAGAAAAGGAGGAAGAGACACUGGAAGAAGAGACUAUUAGCAACAAUGAAGCUGCCAACGUGGAGCCAAGCAGCAGCUCAGAAAAGGAAAAAACAGCUGAGAUGCUCCUCAAAGGACUUGGAAAGGAUGCUUCACUCCUGCUGCAAAUCCUAAACAAGCUUGGCUCACCAGAGGAGAAACUGGAGAUGGUAUUAAAGAAGUAUGCAGAACUGUUAGAGGGGCAGAGGGGUGAGCAGAGACUGGUAAAGUCACUUCAGCAGAGACAAGACAAACUGGUUAAACAGAGAGACCAGCUUCAGUUUGAACAUAGCCGUGGCAUCCUGGCCCGUAGCAAGUUGGAGAACCUUUGCCGUGAGCUGCACAGGCACAACAAGACUCUGAAGGAAGACAUGCUGCAGAAGUGCCGUGAGGAUGAGAGAAAGCGUUCAGAAAUCAGCACUCACUUCCAGAACACAUUGGUGGACAUACAGUCCCAAAUUGAACAUCACAGCAACCGCAACAACAAGCUGUGCCAGGAAAACAAAGACCUUGCCGACAAGCUCAAGUCAAUCAUUGAGCAAUACGAGAAGAGAGAGGAGAGUUUAGAGAAGAUAUUCACUCAGAAUAAUCUGCAGCAGCAACUUUCAGAUGCCAAACUGGAAGAGGCCAACCUUCGGCUAAAUGAAGCUGAGGAAAAGCACAAAAGAGAGAAGGAAUAUUUGCUCAAAGAAGCAAUUGACAAAACAAAGAAAUGCUACACAAUGAAGGAACAAGAGUUGCAGAUGAAGAAGCAGCUUGUGUUGUACUCUCAAAAAUUUGAAGAGUUUCAGUCUACGCUGGCCAAGAGCAAUGAAGUGUAUGCUGUCUUUAAACAAGAAAUGAAUAAGAUGUCCAAUAAGAUGAAGAAACUAGAGAAGGAGUCAAACUUGUGGAAGAUACGGUUUGAAAGCUGUAACAAAGCCCUUACUGACAUGAUUGAGGAGAGAUCAGAGAAAGGCAAAGUGCUUGAGAUGUUUACUGAAAAGAUUGCCAAACUGGAGGAACUGUGCCGAGCACUACAGGAGGAGAGAAAAGUCCUCUACAGCAAGAUCAAAGAUAUACGUAUGCAGACUAUGACGACCUUAGAAUCUGCAAAAGAUGAACAUGAACAAGAAAUUCCAGAAAUCACUGAGCUGCCAGAACCAGAGCCAGUACAAAAUCCAGCAAUAACAGCAGACAUGGAAAAGCUGUGGAAGGAGCAGGCACGUCUGCAGGAGUUUGCUGCGUCCUUGUUGGCCUCAAUUGCAGAUGAUGGGGAGGACUGUGAAAGUGACAAGGAACCAACUGAGCCUACAUUGUCAAUUAAAUCAACAGCAGUAAAUUCAGACUCUAUAACAGAGGAGCAGUGUGUGGAAGAACACACUAAAGAGGUAGUUACUGAAGAGGCAAGUAAAUCAGUAACUACAAUUCCUGAGCCAAUCCAAACUGAGAAAAUUCAAUCAGAUUUCAAGACUGAGUCAACCCAAGAUACAACCCAAGACACAACCCAAGAUACAACCCAAGAUACAACCCAAGUCAAUCCAGAAUCAAAAACACCAAAAGAAGAACCAACCCAGGAAGAUGUAUUAAAGCCAGUGAUGCAAGACAAACCCAAAAAAGAGGUCACAUUUAAAGAAGUGGAAACAGAAACAGUUGAACCAAAAGUUCCUAAUGUGGAGUCUGCCGAAAAAACUCAAGACCCUAAAGCUGAGCCUACAAAUGAAACUUCAACUGAAGCAGAGCCCACCACCACUGCAGUACCUGUAAAAGAAGACUCUAGCACCAUGGAACCUGAGAAAGCAGAAGCUGCUACACCUGCAGUAUCCAAAGCAAAAGCAGCUAAACCACAAAGUUCCAAAGCCCAAGAAGCCAAGUCAAAAAGCAGCAAAUCCCAGCCCAAAACACAAAGCUCCACUAAAAAGAAAGGUGCUGCUAAAAAUGCAAAGAAAAGCUAAGAAUGUUACCAAAUUAGUCUAUUAACAAACAUUUUCUUCAGUUUCAAAAUGUUUGGAUGUGUGCAAUGCUGUGUGUGUAAGAAUAAAGUUUCGUACCUAAAACAA